UGAUUGGCCAGCUGUCUGUGGAGUUUAUGGUGCGUGAGCCGUGGUUGGACAGGAAGGUGUCGGCUCCGUGUGGACGCUCCGUGAUCCUGUCAUCAGUAAAUAUAAAGUCGGCUCUGGCUGGCCAGCUGAGUGCUGAGCAGCUAAGCAACAGCAGAGAUACUGAAACGUUUCCCCUCACGACAGUUGUCUUCACACGCAGGAUGCCAGGAUCAGCCUCCAAUACCUGCUUAGGACCCUGGCCCAAAGAUGUGGGAAUCAUCGCCAUGGAGCUGUACUUCCCAUCCCAGUAUGUAGACCAGGCUGAAAUGGAGAAGUUUGAUGGCGUGGCAGCUGGGAAGUACACAGUGGGACUCGGACAAGCUCGGAUGGGUUUCUGCUCGGACCGCGAGGACAUCAACUCCCUGUGCCUCACUGUGGUCCAGAGGCUAAUGGAGAGGAACAGCCUGUCCUACGACUGCAUUGGCCGGCUGGAGGUUGGCACGGAGACCAUCAUUGACAAGUCAAAAUCCGUCAAGACCGUCCUCAUGCAGCUGUUUGAGGAUUCUGGCAAUACAGAUGUGGAGGGGAUUGACACCACAAAUGCUUGUUACGGCGGAACAGCUGCACUCUUCAACGCUGUUAACUGGGUGGAGUCCAGCUCAUGGGAUGGACGCUAUGCUUUGGUUGUUGCCGGGGACAUCGCUGUUUACGCCACAGGAAGUGCUCGGCCUACAGGGGGCGCUGGUGCGGUGGCCAUGCUCAUUGGGCCUAAUGCUGCUUUGGCCUUUGAAAGAGGUCUGCGGGGAACCCACAUGCAGCAUGCAUAUGACUUCUACAAGCCUGACAUGGUGUCAGAGUACCCUGUAGUGGACGGCAAGCUGUCAGUCGAAUGCUACCUGAGUGCCUUGGACCGCUGCUACUCUGUGUACCGCAAUAAGAUCCACGCACAGUGGCAAAGAGAGGGUUCUGACAAGCACUUCAGCCUGGACGACUUUGACUUUUUAGUCUUCCACUCUCCCUACUGCAAGCUUGUCCAGAAGUCUGUGGCUCGACUGAUGCUGAAUGACUUUCUGAAGCACCCCAGUCCCGACACAGAGGCGGGACCUUUCGCUGGAUUUGAUGCUUUCAGAGACGUGAAGCCAGAGGAAACGUACUUUGACAGGGAUGUGGAGAAGGCCUUCAUGAAGGCCAGCGCUCAGCUGUUUGAGACCAAGACCAAGGCAUCGCUGCUGCUGUCCAGUCAGAAUGGAAACAUGUACACACCCUCUGUGUAUGGCUGCCUGGCUUCACUAAUAGCACAACACACAGCAUCUCAGCUGGCAGGGCAGAGGGUGGGCUUGUUCUCCUAUGGGUCAGGGUUUGCUGCAACCUUGUAUUCUCUCAGGGUCACUCAGGACCAUACCCCUGGGUCUGCACUGGACAAGCUUGUCUCCAGCCUGACCGACCUGGGGGUCAGACUGGACUCCAGGAGGAAAAUGUCACCUGCAGCUUUUUCUGAAAUCAUGAAGCUGAGAGAGGAGACUCACCACCUGGCUAGCUACGUCCCUCGAAGCUUGGUGGAGGAUCUGUUCCCGGGGACGUGGUAUCUGACCCGAGUGGAUGACAAACACCGUAGGGAGUAUGCCCGCAGAGCCCUGGAUGACGAGCUGCCGGCAGAGCCAGAGCUGGUCCGCACCGCCUCAGCCUCUGAGCACAUCCCCAGUCCAGUCAAGAAAAUGCCUCGCAUGCCUACAGCCGUGGCUGACCCUGUGGCUGGCCCCGGGGCCACCAGCAGCAACUGACAGCGUCCGUGUCCCCUCCCACAGUGUCUGGGCCCAGCAGAGAAGAACUGGAAAGACAGACAGUAGCUGGGCCCAGCUGGACAGCCAGAAGGGCCGCAGGGUCCUGAUGGGGACCAUCAGGAGUCCUGCCUUCCACCUACCACCAAGCCCUGCUUUUCAAAGUCAUACAUUUCUUUUUAUUAUUUGUUUUUUCAAAAUUUAGAUUCUUCGGCGGUUCCUGUUUUUCAAAGUCCAUUUUUGAAUGUAUCUUUGUUCUGCAUUGGUGCAGAAUUGAUGGUUCUAUUUGGGAGGAUAACAGACAUAUCAACACUCAGCCAAUACCAUUAAAUAAACCAAAUUAUUUAUUUUA